UCAAGAUGCAGUGAAGACUUGCAAGUGUGACAAAACAGAUAGCACUGUACAGUGUGCCUGUGCGUCUCAAGAUAAAGCACGUAAACAGGAAAUGGACAAAGAAGCAGCAAGUGCCAUUUUAACUAAAGUAAAGACUGCUAUUUCUAGUGAAGACUGUCCAUAUAACAGUGUAGAAGGUCUGUUUCAGGGCCUGGGUAUCAGUCAGGAACUAUUUGAGAUGGCAUAUAAACAAUUUAGUCGAAAUACACAUGUUGUUUUGAAAAGGGAAGUUAAUGAAAUCUGGAUUAAUCAGUAUAGCAAGUUGCUGUUAAAAGCUUGAAAUGCUAAUCUUGAUAUCCAGUAUUGCGUCGAUGCUUAUGCAUGCUGUGUAUACAUAAUAUCUUACAUGUCUAAAAGUGAACGGGAAAUUGGCCUUCUGCUUGCUAAUUCUCAAAGAGAAGCAGCCAAAGAUGGUAAUCUUAGUGCUAAAGAGGCCUUGAAGAGUCUUGGUAAUGUUUACCUUCAUAAUCGGGAUGUUUGUGCUCAGGAAGCAGUCUACAGGCUAACUAACAUGCAUCUAAAGGAGUGUUCUAGGAAAGUUGUGUUUGUUCCCACUGGUGAUAAUAUAGUGAAAAUGAGUUUGCCCAUUUCUGUUUUGAGGCAAAAAGCAGCAUCACAGGAUCUUACUUCAAAUGACAUGUGGAUGACCGGAUUAGUUGAUCGUUAUAAGAGGAGGCCAAAUGAUGAUGUGUUCAAUGAUAUGUGCCUGGCUACGUUUGCAUCAGAAUAUCGUGUUUUGAGUAAAAACAAAAAAAGUAAAAAUCCUAUAAAGUUAAGUAAUGAUUUAGGAUUUGUUACAAAACGUACUCAGACUAAACCAGCGGUUGUUCGUUACGCGCGUUUCUCUGAAACCAAAGACUCAGAGAAAUUUUAUCAAAGCAUGUUGCAGUUGUUUUUGCCGUAUCACCAUGAUAGUGAACUUAAGCUUAACUGUGAAACCUUUGAGGAAUUUUACAGAACUGGUUUAAUUAGAUUUUUUGAUAGAACAAACCACUCGGUAAAAGCUGUUGUACAUUUAAAUCGGGGUAAAUUUGAGUUAGAAUCUGAUCAUUUGGAUGCUGUGAAUAAUAUAGUUGGUGAUGUAAUGUUAGAAGAUGCAUGGUGUGAGUUGUGUCCGGCAGUUGAAAUGGAACGUUUGGAGCGUGUUGAAAUACUGAAAGAAUCAGAACCAACAGUAAGUGACGAGGCAGAAGUAAUCCCAGAUUUGGCUCCAUGUUCAAACCAAACUGCACAUCUAGAGAAGAGAAACACGAUGAGGUGAAGGUCUGGCAUUGAUUAGGUCUUUAAAUGAUAAACAGUUUUCUGUUUUUAAUCAAAUCAGGCAGUGGUGUGUAGAUAAAGUUAAUGGUAAUAACCCUGAACCACUGCAUGUUUUUGUAACAGGCGGGGCGGGCGUUGGGAAAAGUCAUUUAAUUCGAGCAAUAGAGUAUGAAACAGAGAUUACUGCCACCAACCUGUAGACAUCCUGAUAAUGCAUGUGUAGUAUUGACAGCUCCUACUGGGAUUGCAGCAUAUAAUUUAGGUGCAACAAUAAUCCACACUACACUGUCUAUAGUAAAGGAUGUACGCUUACCGUACACUCCUCUGGGUGAAGAAAAACUAUACACUCCUCUGGGUGAAGAAAAACUAAAUUCUUUACG